GAUGUUUUUAUUCUCCAUGUCGUGGAGUAGUAGUAGAUUAUUAAAAAUUUUAAAAUAGUAUAAAAUGCACUGAGGAACAGUAUGAUCGAGUGUUGUUCUCCUAAACGUAUGCUAUCUGCGAUUUUAUCCCUUGGGGUGUUGACGUUAAUCGUUUUGGUUUACGAGAGUAAUUGGGCGUACGAAAGCAGCAAUAACAAUCAUUUCGGGAACUACAGUGUUCAGAAGAAUGCAUCGGCGUUUAAUGUAUGCAAACCAGAUGAAGAAUUGAUAAUUGUCAAUUCUUGCCAUCCUUGUUCAGAUUUUGAGAUUGCAAGUAAAAGUAACCAAGCUUGUUUACCAACAAAUUUUAAAGAGCUAAUCAAAUGUCAAAAAAGUGGAAACAAAUUUUAUCAAAGCUCCCUGUGUGUUUUUGAGACAGAAGACAUUGGAUCUGCGCCAUUUAAAAAACCUUCAGCGUAGAUUAGCUAGAUCUGUUUAACAACUUGGUAUAAUUUUAAGAAAUUGAUAGUCCUAUCAUGGGAAAGUUAUUUUUGGAAAUUUACUCAAUUGAAGAAGAUGUCAUUGAGGCCCCUAUUACCACUGUUAUAUGCCUUACAACAAUUAAUUUCUUAAGAACAGAAAAUAUAGAGAUUAAUUUUGUUUUGAAAACCAAUAAUGAUAGUGGCAAAUUAUCGUUUCUGCUUCAUAAUAUUGUUUACAAAAUAAUAGAUAAAGUGCCACCACCAGGAUCAUUUUGUGAAUGCCCAGUGUUUAAUUAUGAUGAUGGGAUUUCUUGUGUAGCUGGGUUCUGUGCAAUUCUAAGACAGAUUGUGAAAUGUAGUGAUAAAAGUUGGUCUAGUUUGCUUGGUUUUCGCCAAGCAUGCCUUGACGCUUGUGCAGAGGUGUCGGUAUGGACAAAGUUCUGCGAAAUUGAUCUCAUUUCAGCAGCUGAGCACUGUCUUGAGAAUCCUCCUGAAUAUCAGUUGCCCAAUGAUUUAGCUAGGCUUGAGAGCCAUCUCUCCCUUCCAGUGCGAGUGCAUAAUGUGAAAAAAUUCAAAAACCAGGAGCAUAAAUAUGUGGAGGGACCAAUUUUUUUGUUAACUGAUUUACUGGUAGCAGUACCCAUUUAUGUAAUUUUGGAGAAAUUGAAUUGUUGGGAUGAAAAUAUUCUGCCACUAACAAUAAAAUGGUUACAUACAGUUAUGGAAAAGCACAAUUUUAAGAAGCAGCUAAAUCUAUUGAUUUUUGAAAGGGAAAAUAGGGUCAAAUUAUGGAAUAUUGUUAAAUUAGCUAAUGAAAGUUUGUAUAAACGAGAUCCAGCAAGAUAUAAACCAAGGCAUAAGAUUUUCACCCAGCAAGUUGAUAUUGAUAAGAGCAUGGCAUUAAUAUCCAAAAUUAAUUUGUUCGAGUACAAAGAACCGCUAGAGAGUAAUUUGAGUCUAGGUUCAGAUGUUCCUUGUCCAGAUGUGCCAUUAAGCAGAUGCGAACGUAAAAUGCAACAACUAUUGAAUCUUGUCAAGCCGACAAUUUGUGUAUCAAAGAAUGGUGAUGUUAUUGUUGAUUUUUGUAGUGGCAGUGGACACUUAGGUAUAAUGAUUGCGCAUUUCCUUCCAAAUUCAACCAUAAUACUUCUAGACAAUAAAGAAAAUUCAUUAAAAAGAGCAAAAGAAAGAAUUAAUGCUCUCAAAAUCACAAAUGUGUAUAUUAUACAAGCUAAUCUCGAUUAUUACAUUGGGCAAUUCCAAACUGGUGUAUCCCUCCAUGCAUGUGGUGUAGCAACAGAUCUUGUAAUUCAAAAAUGCAUUCAACAAAGAGCCAAUUUUAUAAUUUGCCCUUGCUGUUAUGGUGGAAUUAAGGAAAAUCACAUAGUGAAAUACCCACUGAGUAAAGAAUAUGAAUAUGCUGGAUUAGACGAAAGAGGAUUUAUUGUUUUAGCACACUGUGCAGAUCAAGCUGGAUGUGAACAAGGUGAACAGGGUAUGAAGGCUGUUGACACUGACAGGUGCUUUCGAGCUUGUAAUAAAGGCUAUAAUGUUAACCUUUCAAAGCUUAUACCUGUAACUUGCACGACAAGGAACAAUUUGAUAAUUGCAACAAUUCCUAAUGAAAUUUGUAAAUAAGUUAUCAUUGCUGUUUAAAGUUAAUUAAAAUCUUUCUAUAACAAUACUCUUUUUUUAAUAUUUUUAUUGGAGAUUGUUAAUGAAUUCAAUAUUUCAUGAUCUUAUAGAAUCUUAAGGUAAUGGAGAGGGAUAUUGAAAGUGAAUGUUAUUUAAAUAAAUAAGAAAAGGUGUUUCAAAUGAGAUACUGGCUACCACAGCUCACAGAAGGCUAUGAAGACUUCUAGGACCAAAAUCUGACUUGUCAAAACUAAACUAACCUUAUACUAGUCUUCACUACGACAACUUUAGACUUACAGGUGGAAAACUGUGGGGUUCUAUCAAACCAUCCAACAUCCAGCCUUUUCUAUCAAAAGUCCUUAGACAGUUUGUCAAUGAACUGAUAUGUUCCCGAUUCCAAGUUUCACACCAAACUCUUGAUCCAUGCUAACACUACUGCUCAAGCCCUCUUACACAUUCCCAUCCCGAGAACCCGCUAUGUUGCCUCAAUUAACGGCCUCUGAACCUCCUUGCCCCUUAAACCUCAUAGUGAGUGCCAGCAUCGGCUGGUUUAUCAUGGCAUGUGUCCUUCAGGCGCAGCGUUAGCAUUAGUGUUAUAUUGUGACCAUGUGAAAUUUCCUUUUUUUUUUUUUUUUUAAAUAACAUUUGUAAUAUGUACGAAUAAAAUAAUUAUUUUAAAAAAACUUGUGACAGUGUCUAGGUUUAAAAAGUAACCCUUGGAGUUACUAAGUAAAAGUUGGAGUUACUAUGUAAAAAAUUUGAUGGCGGUACUGUUAAGACGUCUUACCCUGGUCUGCCAACACACAAAAAAUAUCAUGCUCUACUUCGAGUGGGCUUACAGCGAGAAUACCUUCACCAGAUUGGAUCUUAUAAUUGCCAAGGAAUAAAUCUAUACUGUCCUGAAAAUUGAAAAGUUAAUAUAAAUGAAACAUCCCUCGUAUGCAACAAUAUAUGAAAAUGAUACAACAAAUACUUUUUGAACAGGACAAGCAAUGUGAUAAUUCUAAAGUAGAAUUUAUGAAGCUCGAGAAUAAAGAAGUACUAACCCAGGAACUUCACUACCUUAAAUGUGUGGUAUUCUUACAGUUUACCUUUUUCAUUAAAUAUCUAGGAAUAAGUCAAAUCUUUUAAGAGAAAUGAUCUUAACAUUUAUGAAACUCCUGUCACAAAUUUAGUUAAUAGGAAGUUUAUAGAAGCAUAAAAUCAAUUGACAUCCAUAUUUCUAAAAAAAUAUUCAAUCAACAUAAACCUUGCAAUCAUUACAAGGCCAGACCAAACGCAAUUAGAAAUUUUAGAAAAACAACCUAGGAAAAGGGAAGCGUCUUCCUGACUGUAAAACAUUACUUCCAUUGUGCAAACUGUAAAAUUGUAAUAUACCAAUUUGUAGAUGUAACAGCCAAUAUAAUAAUACAUUUUACUGAUUGUGUU